AUGCGCCAAGUGCCAAGGCCAGUUGGUUUUCUAGGCUUCAAUUCACAUGCGGCUGCGAAAGAUGAGGCAGAUGUUGUGCCCAUUCCCAAGGUCGCCAUGUGGUCACUGGUCACCAUGAGGCAAACUAACAGUUCAUCACAUCCAACAUUUAACGAAUUCUUUAUAAGAGAGUUAAAGCCUGGUUCGAGACCAAUUGCCUUCAGCGAAUGUGAUGACGUUGCCGUGUGUGCUGCUGAUUGUCGUCUGAUGGCAUUUAAGACUGCUGAAGAUAGUCUAAGAUUUUGGAUCAAGGGUCGAAAGUUCUCUAUUGAAGGUCUUUUGGGGAAAGAAGUGUGCACCAGUGCAUUCAGUAAUGGAACCUUGGUGAUAUUUCGGUUGGCGCCACAGGAUUACCAUCGCUUCCAUUUCCCAGUUUCUGGAACUGUUGAGAAAUUUUUAGAUAUACCUGGAUGCUUAUACACGGUCAAUCCUAUUGCUGUGAAUAGCAAGUAUUGUAAUGUGUUCACUGAGAAUAAGCGGGCUGUAGCUAUUAUUUCGACAAAAGAUUUUGGAAAGGUAGCAUUUGUUGCAAUUGGAGCAACAAUGGUUGGCAGCAUCACCUUCUCUAAGCAACAGGGUGACUAUGUCAAGAAGGGAGAUGAGUUUGGAUAUUUCUCAUUUGGCGGAAGCACUGUAAUUUGUGUCUUCGAAAAGGAUACAAUAGAGAUAGAUGAGGACCUCUUGGCCAAUAGUGAAAGAUCACUGGAGACCUUAGUGUCAGUUGGUAUGAAAUUGGGCGUCUCCACCAAGAAACUGGCCGAAACUGGGUUGCCGAAUCUGGAAAGUUGUGUCUUAGGAUCUUAA